AAAGGCUAACUGUGCAUUUCAUCUGUGCAAAUUUGCCUAACGUUCUUAACAUUUAAAUAAUUGGAUAUAAUAAAUAAAUGUAUGGGGAGGGGGGGUCAUUGGCUUUAAAACAUUCAAGAAACACUGGCCUAAAUACUCUUUAACAUAUUAAUUUUUCUAAAAAAAAAAAAAAAAAAAAAAAAAACACUUGGAGAUUGAGAUCGUCAGAAUGUGGAUGUUGGAACUGUUGGAAACAUGAAGAAAGUAUUUUAGCCUACAGGAGCUACCAGGACAACUCACAGACCAAGAAUGUCAGGUUCUGAACUGCUCAGCAGCCACCAGUCAAUGGCUGUAAAAAAAAAAAAAAAAAAAAAAAAAAAAAAAAAAAAAAAAAAAAAAAAAACCACCACCACCAACAGCAACAACAACAGAAAUAAUAUAAGAACAACAACAAUAAUAAUAAUAAUAAUAAUAAUGAUAAUAAUAAUGAAUGCAUUUGUUAUUGUAUGAUUGUUACUACAUAUGUUAUAUAACUGCUAAUGUGUCAUUUCAGCCAAAAAUGCACUUGCUAUAUUGUUCAGUUGAGGAACAUGCAGCUAUUUGUUAUCUUCACAGCGGUACAUUUGACGUAUUUUUGGUACAAGUGCAGAGGAAAAUGCUGCAGCUGCUGAAACUACAGUUGCAGUUGGCCGCGCUUUCGGCGGGUUCUGUUAAAAUGGCGAGGACGGAUAAACAGAGAAAGCGGCAGUAACCUGUUUUAUUGAAGCAGAAGGAUACUGCUGCACAAUGGCAGCUUUAGACCAGAAAUCACCCAACGUUCUGCUGCAGAGCCUUUGCUGUAGAAUCACCGGCAAGAGUGAAGCUGAAGUGGCGCAUCAGUUUCAGUAUGCUGUACGGGUCAUUGGAAGUAAUUAUGCCCCCACCAUCGAGCGGGACGAAUUCCUGGUUGCAGAGAAGAUUAAAAAAGAAUUAUUAAAGCAGAGGAGAGAGCUGGAUGCAGCACUUUUUUCAGAGCUCCACCGAAAACUCCAGACACAGGGGGUGCUGAAACACAGAUGGUCCGUUUUAUAUCUGCUCCUCGGCCUUUGUGAGGAUCCCAGAAAACCGUCCCCUCGGGUGGGCAACUAUGGGCCCCUGUUUGCUCAGGCUUUACCGCGUGAUGCCCACUCCACACCGUUUUAUUAUACCAGGCCGCAGAGUCUGUCCCUCAGCUACCCUGAACGCUCAAUGCUGGCUACUCACAACGCGUCCAGUAUGGGCACCAGUGGCAUCAGCAGCUUGGGGAUGUACUCACUCAACGGUCCCAGUCCGCAGUCCCUGCUUACUGGCCCUGCUCCCCAAACCGUGGCUGAUCCUGCGCGAGGUUCUCGUCUGGCUUGGGCUCUUCCCCCCUCCGGAGCUGCUCCUCCUAACUCAAAGCCCCCAAGUGGCCCGGCACCUGGUAUUACCACCAGCCCCGCCCUUAAACCACCUCACAGGCAGAGACGGGACGGAGACGGCAGCGCUGAAAUCAGCGAGGCCGCUCUGGUGCGAGACAUCCUAUACGUCUUCCAGGGGAUCGACGGCAAAUUCAUUAAGAUGAGCAAUCCAGAGAACUGCUACAAAAUCGAUUCCAAGGUGCCAUUGUGUAAGUCUUUACGAGACACCAGUAGCAAAUUAGCAGAGCUCGGCUGGCUUCAUAAUAAAGUCCGCAAGUACACAGACGCUAGAAGUUUGGACCGAGCUUUUGGAUUGGUUGGACAGAGUUUUUGUGCAUCCCUCCACCAGGAGCUGAAAGAGUAUUACAGGCUACUGUCAGUAUUGCAUUCACAGCUGCAGGUAGAGGAUGAUCAGGGGGUGAAUGUUGGAGUGGACUGCUCUCUUACCCUGAGAAGGCUGCUUGUGUGGACGUAUGACCCUAAAAUUCGCCUCAAAACCCUCGCCGCCCUUGUUGAUUACUGCCAAGGUCGUAAGGGUGGGGAGCUAGCCUCGGCAGUCCACGCAUAUGGUAAAACCGGAGACCCUCACAUGAGGGCGCUAGUCCAGCAUAUUCUGGGUCUUGUGUCACACCCCAUUCUUAACUUUCUCUACCGCUGGAUUUAUGAUGGAGAGCUAGAAGACACUUAUCAUGAGUUUUUUGUAGCAUCUGAUCCAACAGUAAAGACGGACAGGUUGUGGCAUGAUAAAUACUCUCUGAGAAAGUCAAUGAUUCCCUCUUUUAUCACAAUGGACCAGGCCAGAAAGGUCCUGCUCAUCGGCAAGUCCAUCAACUUUCUGCAUCAGGUGUGCCACGACCGGACGCCGCCUGGCAAAAUGCCGUCCACUUCCAAAUCUGCCGACUCGCCCAAAGAUGCGGCUGAGCUGUUCACUGAUCUGGAGAGCGCGUUUCAGAGUAAGAUUGACGCGGCGUAUUUUGAGACGAGUAAGUACCUGCUGGACGUGCUGAAUAAGAACUACCAGCUGCUGGACCACCUGCAGGCCAUGAGGAGAUACCUGCUGCUGGGCCAGGGAGACUUCAUUAGACAUCUGAUGGACCUGCUCAAACCAGAGCUGGCUCGUGCAGCUACCACUCUAUACCAGCACAAUCUGACUGGAAUAUUGGAGACAGCUGUAAGGGCAACUAACGCUCAGUUCGACAGCCCUGACAUCCUGAAGAGACUGGACGUGAGGCUGCUGGAGGUGUCUCCAGGUGAUACGGGCUGGGAUGUGUUUAGCCUAGACUAUCAUGUUGAUGGACCUAUUGCUACGGUGUUUACACGCGAGUGCAUGAGCCACUACCUGCGAGUGUUCAACUUCCUGUGGCGAGCCAAGAGGAUGGAGUACAUCCUAACAGACAUCUGGAAAAGUCAAAUGUGCAACGCCAAACUGCUGAAGAGUAUGCCAGAGCUCUCUGGAGUGUUGCAUCAGUGUCACAUCUUGGCCUCAGAGAUGGUCCAUUUCAUCCACCAGAUGCAGUACUAUAUCACAUUUGAGGUGUUGGAGUGCUCAUGGGAUGAGCUGUGGAAUAAAGUACAGCAAGCUCAGGAUCUGGAUCACAUCAUAGCGGCUCACGACGUCUUCCUCGACACCAUCAUCUCCCGCUGUUUACUGGACUCCAACAGCAGGUCUCUGUUGAACCAGCUGCGGGCAGUGUUUGACCAGAUCAUCGAGUUUCAGAAUGCGCAGGACUCUCUGUACCGCUCUGCCCUGGAGGAACUGCAGCUCCGCGUCCAGUACGAGGACAGCAAGAGACGCAGAGAGGAAGAGGGUGAGUGGGGUGUGACUGCAGAACAGGAAGCAACAGAAAACAAAAGAGUGCAGGAAUUUAAGGACACCAUACCAAAAAUGUGUUCUCAGCUCAGACUGCUCACGCACUUCUACCAGGGUAUCGUUCAGGAAUUCCUGCGGCUGCUGAUGACCAGCUCAGAUGAGAGUCUACAGUUCCUCAGCUUCAGGCUAGACUUCAACGAACACUACAAAGCCCGAGACCCACGACUGCGGCCCUCACUGGGGGCCACCAGAGGGCGUCGUAGCUCCAACAUCUAACCCACCUAGCUUUAACUUUUCCAUUAAAAGUACUGAUUGAUGGCUGUGGGUUCUGUAGAGCCUGCAGAGGUGAAUAAAUGGCUAAAUAAGAAAUGCCUUUAACUGUUGAGUCAUUGCCAAAUAUCCUACAAUAUGACAAUGAUUUUAGAAGAGUGGAACUUUUAGUGUUACAUGGUCACAGCUCUGUGUUAACUCCUCCUUUAAAGCCUGGUAUUGUUUAACAUUAAAGAUGUUUUCUACUGGUUUGGUUCUAUUUAAUAUAUAUAAUCUAUAUUAAAAUGUUAACCAGC